AUGGUACGAAUCCGCCGUACUCCAGUCGUACCGUCGGGAGAGGACAGUGCUACGGCGAACACCAAUAGCAGCAACACCACUACCAGUACUGGUAGAACUCACAGCAAUCCCUUGGAAUACCUGGACGAGCACGAGCAGGACGCGUUGAUCGGUCGCAUGGAAGCCGACGUGGAUCGCCAACGCACGUUCGUGUUGCAGUGUUUCCGGGGAGUCGGAGCGACGGCUGCCGUCACGUCGUUGGUGUGGUGUUUAUGGACGGAAUACCGGCUAGGAUCUCACGAAUUGACGUUGGCAUCGGCCCGGACCAUUCGUUGUACGCGUUGGGGACACACCGCACUGGCGUUGGUACAGAACGGGUGGGUGUCCGUCCAGUGGUCGGCAUCGGGGUACACUCCGUGGCGCGUCGUUCUUUUAAUACUGUUCGUGUGGAGCACGGCGGGAUCGUUGUGGGUACGCCGGAGCGUACGUGACGACGGAAUGGCGUCCGACGUUUGGUUCCACCAGUGUCUGGGGGGAGGCACACUGGUGGUGGCCGCGGUGGCCGUCUUUCUCCACGCCGACGAUCAGCGGACCCGCAGGGACGUGCAAGCGUUGCGGGCGGCACGGUAUCGUUACAAGAUCUGGGGUGUCGUCCCAAGCACCCAGUGGCGGUCGGAAUGGAAUCGCAUCGAUGAGAGAGACUGUGGCAACAUUCCUAAUUCCCCUUUUUCCAGUCGAGUGUCUGUCCUUCCAGCGGCAACCAACUUUCUUCGUCCACUCCGGUGCGCUUUCGUGGGAAUAGUAGAAAUUCUACAGCCAACGCGAUUCCAACCCGGGAUCUACGGUGCCCGCUCGCCAAAGCCAACGGACGUCGGCUUCGUAGAAGCGGUAGAACUUCUACACACAAAAGAACGUCUGUUGGUCGUGGUUCCUACGUUCCCAUCUCUCUUUCUACCGUACAAGCUGCUACGUGCCCCGCCCGUAGACGGACUACGAACUACGGACGGUAAACGCUUCGCGCUGUCUCUCUCCGUCGAAUUACCGUAUCAUACCGUAUUUCUGUUUGUUGCGACCACAACAGACCGUUUGGUGGUGCCAGCCAACCUCGACAGACCUUCCUACUUUUUCCGAAUCGCUGUCCCCCCUAUAUCCCCCUCCCCCUCCCACGACCGACGCUCCGUAAUUGUCGUUGUGGUUGUAGUUGACAAUGUGGUGACUCUUGCAGCAGAAGACACGACGCCUCCUCCCGUCCAGGACGACGACGACGACGUCGAAGGCGGUGUGGGAGUCGUCACGGACGCCGACGACGUCGCCGCAGCCGCGGCAGCCGCCGCUGCGGCCGACACGGAUCCCACUUCGGCAUUGAUUGCCAAAGCCGCCGCGGCAGCGGUGGAAGCUGCCGCCGUUGACGUGGACGUCACGGCAGCCGCCAACGCCGCCGCUCUCGCCGUGCACGAAGCCGCCGACCGGGCCAGCCAAGAUGCCGCCCAAGCCGCCGCCAAGAAAAACGAACAACGACGCAAACGGUACCGCGAGAAGAACGUCGACGACGAAACCAAGAAUCAUCCGGGCAACACGGAUCUCCACAAUCACGCGGCCAACGUCUCCCCCCACGAGCAUUCGACCGACGAACCCGCACACAAAAAAGGCGCACACACGCACGAAGAUCAACUCGCCUCGCGACGUCUCAAGGAUCGGCAGCGGUACGCCAAUAUGACGCCGGAGCAACGACAAGUAUACAACUCCAAGCGACGCGAACAGUACCACCGACAGUCCGAAAUAUCACGCCAGAAGCGACGCGAACGGGAGCGCAACCGCUACCAUUCCCUCACCAACGACUCGGCCAAGGACCGCAACGAGCGACGCGCCAAACUAGAACGCGAGCGGUACCAGCGACUCGCUCCCGACGAACUCGAAGCCAAAAAUCGCAAACGACGCGAACGAGCCGCACAAGCACGGCAAAAGAAGGAAGCCGAAAAGGUUGGUGACGACGCCACGGAAGGAGAGGCGUCCGCAGCCGCCUUGGCCAAAAACGAAGAAGCCGACGCCGUGGCGGCCGCGGAAGAAGUCGCCAAGGAAGUCGUCGAAGCCGCCGCCGCCACGGAAGUUAUCGUCAAGGAAAGCGUCUAA